AUGGCAGUUCUUUCGAAACUUCAACUCUUGGGACAAGCUAUUCCAGCUAAACAAUAUGCACCUGGAAUGGUUGGAAUGUUGGCUGUCUUUGCAUUGGUCAAGUUAUAUAAACAGGAUAUUCGAGGAACGAAGCAUCUCGUUGCGAAGACGAAAAAAGAUGGUUCAAAAGGACAAAAAGCCCACGUGGAUGGAGUUUUUCUCAGCAAGUUGGCUCGAAUUCUGAAAAUACUGGUUCCGAAUUUAUUCUCGAAAGAAACGUUUUACCUGGCUUUAAUUGCUAUUUCUCUCCUUUGUCGUACUUAUGCAGAUGUCUAUAUGAUUAUCACUUCUACCAAGAUUGAAGCAUCAAUUAUUGAUCGGAAUCCACUUCUUUUUGCUCUCGAAGCGUUCAAAUAUGUUCUCAAUCUGCCAGCAAUAUCAGUGACAAAUGCACUUCUGAAAUUCGGAAUUGCUGAAUUGAAACUUCGUUUCCGUGAGAGACUUUCCACUCAUUUGUAUUCUCAAUACUUGAAAGGAUUCACCUUCUAUAAAAUGUCGAAUUUGGAUACGAGAAUCCAGAAUGCUGAUCAACUUUUAACUCAAGAUGUCGACAGAUUCUGUGAUGGAAUCGUUGAGUUGUACUCGAAUCUUUCAAAGCCAAUUCUUGACGUCUUCUUGUAUCUUUUCCGUCUUGGAACUUCUCUCGGAUUCUCUUCUCCAUCUAUUCUUUUCUCAUAUCUUCUGUUCACUGGAGUUGGUUUGACUUAUUUGAGAAGACCGAUUGGAAGACUGACAGUAGAAGAGCAAGCAUUAGAAGGAGAAUAUAGAUAUGUGAACUCAAGACUUAUUAUGAAUAGUGAAGAGAUUGCAUUCUAUCAAGGAAAUCAAAGUGAGAAGGAAACUAUUAUGAGUACUUUUGCAAGUCUCGUUCAGCAUCUCAGAAAGAUUAUUUUGUUCCGAUUCUCAAUCGGAUUCGUCGACAACAUCGUGGCCAAAUACCUUGCUACUGUCGUCGGAUGGUAUGCAGUGGGAAGCUCCUUCUUCGAUAAACAACACAAACCAUUCAUCGGUUUAUCUCGUAAUGAAUUGAUGCAAGAAUACUACAAUUCUGGAAGAAUGAUGUACAAAAUGGCAGAAGCACUCGGAAGAUUGGCUCUCGCUGGAAGAGAUAUGACUAGAUUGAGUGGAUUUACAAGCAGAGUGGACACUCUUUUGAAUGUUUUGGAUGAUGUGAAUAAUGGAAACUACAAGAGAACGAUGGUUGGAGAGAAGGACGAUUCUUCGAAUGCUCUCAUGAAAAGUGAUUUGGUCGCUGGAUCAGGAAACUUACUUGUUUGUGAUAAUGUCAUUCGAUUCGAGAGUGUUCCAUUGGUCACACCAAAUGGAGAUGUUCUCAUUGAGAGUCUCGAUUUUGAAGUUCCAUCGGGAAGAAAUGUAUUGGUUUGUGGGCCGAAUGGAUGUGGAAAGAGUUCAUUAUUCCGUGUUCUUGGAGAACUUUGGCCACUUUUUGGAGGAACUCUGACAAAACCAGCAAAGGGAAAACUAUUUUAUGUUCCACAGAGACCAUACAUGACACUUGGAACACUCAGAGAUCAAAUUAUUUAUCCAGAUAGACCACUUGAUAUGAUUAGAAAAGGAAUCAGUGAUAAGGAUCUGGAACAAAUGCUCGAGAAUGUUCAAUUGACUCAUAUUCUUGAAAGAGAGGGAGGAUGGUCAGCAGUUCAAGACUGGAUGGAUGUUCUAUCUGGUGGAGAGAAACAGAGAAUCGCGAUGGCUCGUCUAUUCUAUCAUAAACCACAAUUUGCAAUCUUAGACGAAUGUACAUCGGCAGUUAGUGUUGAUGUGGAAGGCAAGUUGAAAAAAUGA